AUGGCUUCCCCUCCCGUCCACUACCUGUUACCCAUCUUUCCUGGAUUCCAACUUCUCGACCUCGCUGGUCCACUGGAUAUCCUGAAUAUACUUUCCGCUCAACUUGAUCCGGAUAAGUAUCCUCUAUCUUUGACUUUCAUCGCUGAGACACUGGACCCGGUCCCGGUCAAGCCUAUCCCGCCAAAAUCGGCCAACUGGACGUUCGACCUGCCAAACGCGCUUCCACAGACAAACGGCAAAAUCAACACCAGCUUCAAUGAGUAUCUACAACCAGACACCACCUAUGCAGAUUUUUGGGAGGCCCUCCGUGCUGGCAAACCAGGACCCCACAUUGACGUUCUUCUCAUUCCCGGCGGCAUCGGCACUCGACUUAGGCGAGUUCACCCAGAUGGUAGCAAGACAUCUAAUAUCCAGAGUCUUCUCGACUUUGUGCCCAAAGUGGUGCCCCACAUAUCCACCGCCAUCUUGACUGUUUGUACAGGAUCCGAUGCACUUGCACAGACUGGGUUACUCAACGCCCGCCGCGCGACUACCAACAUAUCUCGCUGGGCAGACACAACCGGCCGCAAUCCCAAAGUUUCGUGGGUAAAUUUUGCUCGGUGGGUCCGGAGCCUUCCCUCUGAAGCGCGAGGCCACGACAGCGCCCCCAUCGAGAUCUGGACUUCUGCCGGGAUAAGUGCGGGCAUGGAUCUGACUUUGGCGUUCGUCGAGCAAUUCUAUGGAGGACAAGACGUGGCCAGAGGCCUGGCAAAGGCUCUGGAGUACGACUGGCGCGAAAUUGCGGAGGGUGAGAGGGAUCCUUUGUAUGAGAAGUAUUAUGCGGUUUGA